AUGGAAUCACGCCAGAUGCACGCCCAGGCUCCAGGACAAUACAAUGUCGCGCUUGAACACGCCAAAGGGCAGAUGCACACAGAUAACAGGACAGCUCAUACUCAAUUUAGCGCAGCAUCACAUACAACCAGUAGCUGCACGAAUCCUCAAAGUAUGAAUGUACAAUCUGUGUCAAAUGCAGGUAUUGCAGGUAUGAAUGCACAAUCUGUUUCACACACUAGGAUUUCAGGCAUGAAUGUGCAAUCUGUUUCUAAGGCAGGUAGGUCAGCUAUGAAUGUGCAAUCUGUUCCAAAUAGAGGUCUGUCGGCUAUGAAUGUGGCAACAUCCCAAUUGCAAGUUGGUGGUGUCAAUGCAGUGCAUGGAACAUUGGGUCAUGAUGCGGUUGGGAACCAUAACAUACAGAGUUCAGCUGGGGGAGGUGGUGUGUCAAGGAGAGUUUCUAGUGUUGCGAAUGCCAGCAUGAGUGACCAGAAUGCAUCAGGCUUGGGGUCUACUAACCCUCCCUUUACCGGUGUCCGUAGUGCUCGCGAUCUCUUCUCUUUGUUGCAGACCGCAGCGCAGAUGGAACCGCAACAGGUUGAUAUGCCUUCGGCUUCGUCUACUUCUACUUCAGCGAAUCCUCCUGAACAGGCGGGUUCAUCGUUACAGCGAGGAGCGUCUACCGACUCCAAUCAACGGGAAGAUGCUUCAAGGCCUGAUCCUUCUGCUUCAGGUCCGGAGUCUCAGGACAAUGCAGUUGCCGUCCCCGGACCUGUCAGCGGCGCCAAGAGGAUCUGGAUCGUGGGGCACUCCUAUGUGCAUUGGGCCUCCAUCCGUAGUUCCGCCCUUCCGGGGGGACAGAAUUUGGGCUUUCCUUUCACCCUAGAUUCAAUUAGAUGGUUAGGGGAGAGAGGGAUGUGUUGGCCCGCGCUUCCAUCGCGUAUUCCGGAGGCCCUAGUACGCUGGGGUAAACCUCAUGUUAUAAUUCUCCAUAUAGGGGGCAAUGAUUUGGGCGCCAUUCCGAUCUUGGAGCUAAUCAAGAUCAUGCAGGCGGAUAUCGCUUGGAUCAGGGCUCGGAUUCCGAAUGUGUUGGUCGGUUGGUCCAACAUAGUUCCCAGGCUGGAAUGGCAUCACAUGUCUAGCCACAGCGCUGCUUACUAGGUCAGGAAGAAGAUAAAUUCCUCAGUUGCUAGAACCGUCAUGGGUAAUGGGGGAUUCGUAGUUAAACACGAAUCCCUUACAGCCGACAAGGUCCAUUGUUAUAGAAUGGAUAGGGUUCAUUUAGAGACAGUUGCCCUAGAUAUUUUUAUAAAGGACAUUCGUAAGGCCAUAUUAACCCUCCUUUAAGUCCGGUUGGGUUGUGUUUGUCUUUUAUUGGUUGGCGGCACAGUUAUCAUCUCAAUGCUAUCUGGUGGCGGGAGGUAACGGCCCUGUUGCCUUGGAAAGGGUGAACGGGGGGAGUGAUGACCAGUCUAAAAGUGAGAGGGGUGGAUAGCCUCAAGUGCAUGUGAGGUGCCCCUCCUUCCCCUUGCGGGUGGGUCACGUGAUCUCAUUAACCCCU